UCGGAUGAUGAUCGGUUUCUCAAUGAAGAAGAAAGAGGACAGCUGAUGAAACCUGACGCUGUGCAUAUGGAGGCUUUGAAGGGAAACGUAGGAAAGAAGAGCAAAAAGAAAAAUCAAUCUGAGGAGCAGCUGCUUGAGGAGCAGAGGAGGAGAGAGGAAGCUGAGAAGGAAGUCCAGACUCUGAAAGAGGAGCAGAGGAGGAGAGAGGAAGCUGAGAAGGAAGUCCAGACUCUGAAAGAGGAGCAGAGGAGGAGAGAGGAAGCUGAGAAGGAAGUCCAGACUCUGAAAGAGGAGGAGAGGAGGAGAGAGGAAGCUGAGAAGGAAGUCCAGACUCUGAAAGAGGAGCAGAGGAGGAGAGAGGAAGCUGAGAAGGAAGUCCAGACUCUGAAAGAGCAGCUGCAGAACAAGAAGAAAGAGGUUGAAUCUAAAGAGUCUGAGCUGCAGGAUCUCCAUGCAGAGAAACAGAGGAACCAGAACCAGCUGCAGAGCCUGAAGGGAGAUCUGUGGAACAAGUACAGAGAGGUUCACGUCUUCAUCUUAAAUAUUCUGCAUUUAUUGUAAAACAGAAAAGCAUUUGAGGGAAACCCAAAACAAGUCAGCAGGAGCAGUGACACAGCAUGCCAC